AGGAGUCCAGUUGGAUUUCGAAAUUUGAUAUGUGUAUAUAGUUUGACGAAUGUAUACCAGCAUUAUUUUCUACGUUUCAUUAUAUAAUUCAAAAACAAAAAAAUUAAAAUUUUCGUACGUUUGUUCUUAGUUUUGAAGUUUAUUUUAGAUUUGCAGAAUAGCUUAAUAUGACUGUAAUACGACAAUAUUUAGCCGGCUUGGCAGCGGCGUUUGGAGCUUUUUGUCUAGGUGCAUCAAUUGGCUGGUCCGGACCAAUGGAAUUACCAAUCAAAUCGGGGGAGGCGUACAAGUUUGCUGUAUCCGAGAGUAGUUGGGGUUGGAUCAGUUCAAUGUUGACUUUUGGAGCUGCCUGCAUGUGUAUACCCGUUGGCAUAUUGAUUGCAAGAUAUGGACGAAGAUUUAUUAUGUUAGUGCUAUGCAUACCGUAUUUAAUUGGAUGGGGAUUUAUUUUGGGCGCGCAACACUCAUCGAUGCUCUACGUUGGACGGCUUAUAGUGGGUGCCUCCGGCGGAGCGUUUUGUGUUACGGCUCCCGUUUACACAACGGAAGUCGCUCAGCUCUCAGUCCGUGGUGUAAUGGGUUGUUUUUUCCAGUUAAUGAUUGUUCAUGGCAUACUUUACGGCUUUGUUGUGGGCGCGUACACCUCCCCACUUGUGGUUAACAUAUUGUGUACCAUAUUGCCACUGUUAUUAAUGUUAUUCAUUUUGUGGAUACCCGAAUCUCCUGUGUUUCUGGCCCAAUUGGGUCAGCCAGAAAAAUCACAAAAGGCGCUUAAGUGGUUGCGAGGAGAAAAUGCGGAUAUUAGUGCAGAAAUGAACAUUAUGAUAGCUGAAUCAAAGAAAGACGAGGCUUCUUUUAAGGAGGCGUUUUCUCGUAAAGUAACACUGAAGGGUCUUGUUAUCGCAAUUGGAUUAAUGCUGCUGCAGCAGCUAACGGGAAUCAAUGCCAUUCUAUUCUACGCGACCUCAAUUUUUAUGGAGGCAGGCACGAAUCUGGACGCCAAUGUUUGUACGAUUAUUAUUGGUGUCGUUCAAGUUGUGGCUACGGUAAUUGCGAUACUGCUUAUAGAGAAAGCUGGGCGAAAAUUGUUGCUGCUCAUCUCGGCUAUUGUGAUGGGGGCGACAACGCUUGUUAUGGCACUAUAUUUUCUAUGGCUAACAAAUGAGGACUUGGGCUGGCUACCGACUCUUGCCAUCAGUCUGUUUAUUGUUGGAUUUUCUUUGGGCUUUGGCCCGGUGCCUUGGUUAAUUAUGGCAGAGCUUUUUUCAGAGGAUGUGAAGCCUGUAUGUGGUGCAUUUGUUGGAACCAGCAGUUGGCUGUUUGCAUUUGCCGUCACGAAACUGUUUCCAGUUAUUCUACGGGCGAUUGGUCCAGCUUAUACAUUUUUUAUAUUCACAAUUUUUGCUAUCUUAGCUUGUGUAUUCAUAGUUUUUCUUGUGCCAGAAACCAAAAACAAACCUCUGGAAGAGAUUCAAAGUAUGCUUGCUGGUAAAUAAGGUUACUCAUCUGAAAAUGUAAUGAAAUAAAUCGGUUCAUUGUGGCAAUA